ACGGCCCACUGACACAAAUAAAACGCAGCAGCUCGCUCGACGCAUUUCUUUUCGUUUGUUUCCAACUGGCGAGCGAUGUACAUAGAAACACGCACACACACUUAUACACGCAGAGAAAGACAGAGCGAGAGAGAGAAAGAGAGUGGGAGAGAGACAUAUAGAGAUAUAUAACCGAACGAUCUUGCAGCUUUAUCGAAGAGCAAACGGAGCCUGAUGAGGAAGAUGAGCUGGCUCACUGCAUCCAUCCGGGCGCCCUGCACAAGGACACCGACGAGGAUCAGCUGAUGGCGAUGGCGUACGAGAGCUCCGAUGAAGCUCUCAGUCGAUAUAAAUGCAACUAUGAGAAUUGUUAUCGCAGCUACAGCACAAUCGGAAAUCUGCGCACACAUUUGAAAACACAUACAGGUGACUACAGUUUCAAGUGCACGGAGGAGGGCUGCAACAAAGCGUUUCUCACAUCAUACAGCCUUAAGAUCCACGUACGUGUGCACACAAAGGUAAAGCCCUAUGAGUGCGAGGUGAGCGGCUGUGAUAAGGCAUUCAAUACGAGAUAUAGAUUGCACGCCCACUUACGUUUGCACAAUGGCGAGACAUUUAAUUGUGAAAUGUGCCAAAAGUGCUUUACGACCCUCAGCGAUCUGAAGAAGCAUAUGCGCACCCACACCCAGGAGCGACCCUACAAGUGUCCCGAGGACGACUGCGGCAAGGCUUUUACGGCGUCGCAUCAUUUGAAGACGCAUCGGCGCACGCACACGGGAGAGAAACCUUAUCCCUGUCAGGAGGAUAGCUGCCAGAAAUCUUUUAGUACCUCUCACAGUCUUAAGUCUCACAAGAAGACGCACCAGCGACAGCUGCUCAACAAGAGCAAGAAGAAAACCAAGAGGGCAGCACUCAAACUGUUGCAGGAGCAAGAGCAAGGACAGCAGCAGCAGCAACAGCAGCAGCAACAACAACUCGAGGAGAAAUUGGAGCUGGAACAGGAAUCGGAGGCUGAUAUGGUGCUGCUCAAUCCGAGCAGUCAGAGCUCGGAGACGACAAGCAACGAUAGUGGAGUUGUGCUACAGCAGUUGUCCAAUGUAUUUAUGCUGCCCGAGACAUCGCAGGCGUAUCCCUUAUCCUAUGCCGCCGAGGAGGAGAUACCCAGCCCGUGGAUAGACGCGGGCGUGCUUGCCUCCAAGCCUAUCAUGGCGCGGGCACCGUUGACCGAUGCCUGUGUGGCGCUGCCCACCGAAAUGCCCAGUUUUGUGGACUUAAAGCCAAACUUUGGAAACGCCAUCAGCGGCCAGAUGGAGGAACUGGCCAUGCCACCCCCAGCUCCGUUGGAUGUGGAAAUGUCGAAUAGCAUCAACCGAGCGGCAGACAGCCCCAGUUUGCCCACGCUCGAGCUGAAUCCGCAGAACAUCGAGGAGCUGCUCAAGGACGACAGUUAUGACAACGAUGAGGACAUGGAAACGGAGUCGUUGCUCAACGACAUUCUCAUGACCAUCGACAACAACAGCGCGCUGUUGCAGGCGACUCUGCAACAGGCGGCGCAAGUCCCUAGCGAUGCCUCCGGCCUGGUCGAGCUGGACAUUAGGGAUAACAAGCCGACGCUCAAACAGAUUACAGCAGAUGCGGGCAUCUGCAAUUGCACCAAUUGCAAGUGUGAUCAAACCAAGAACUGUCAUGGUGGCGAUUGUGGCAGCGGUUGUGGUGUCAUGGCUCCAAUCGCGGCCACGUCCUCACCCACACCCACGUCCACGCCCACUCCAAAGGCCAAACCCAUUACGACAACAACAGCGAGCGUAACGAACGGCGGCAAACGGAUCUGUGGCAGCUCGUCGGUGACCAGCAAAAAAGUGAGUAAACGCCAAGCGGAAAUGAAUCAAAACAUCGAGGAUGUUGCUUUGCUGCUGCAAAAUCUGGCUUCAAUGAGCGGCGGUGGCAGCUGCGGCAAGCCAAAGCCAGUCCCUGCUGCCACUGGCUGCGGCUGUGCACCAAGUGGCGGCAGUGGCGGUGCCGGUGGUUGCUGUGGUGCCCCUGCUCCUGCACCUGCUCCUCCUCCUCCAACUGUUGGCUGCUGUGGCAGCAAGCCAGCGAUGUCCACACCCAACAGCGGCGGCUGUUGCAGUCCGCCGCCCGUUGCCAGCUCCGGCUGCUGCUCAGCCAAGCCGCUACCGCCUCCAGCUAUCACGAGCAGCAACAGCAGCAGCGCUUGCACCUGCAAAAGCCCAGCGGAGGGCGUGGCCAAUGGCUGUUGCGUUGUCAUCUGCAUGAAGACGUUGCAAGCUUUGCGCAAAGUGCUGACGCGCAGGAACCUCAAUUUAAUGCUUUGCCCGCAACAGAACUAAACAAAAACAAACCAACAAGGACAACAACAACAUCUUGUGCUACAACAACAACAACCACAACAACUGCAGCUGAAAUCCAAAAUAAAAAGCUUUAAACUUAAAACAUACAAAGAAAAGUAUUGUAUUCGUGCCUGUGAGAAAGUAUUCCAUGCAACUACCAAAAAAAAA